GGUUUCCUACCAUCAUGUUUUCCAACCCACUACCGGAACUGGGAGGUUACUGAAGGUGAUUCUCCCCACAAAAGAGUGAAGCCGUUGGCCUAACUCUAUGUAUAUUACCAGCUAUGGCAAGAGGAAGAGGAGGAUGGAGGAGGAAGAAGAGGAGGAGGAGGAGGCAGAGGAGGAGGUGCAGGGAAAGGAGGAGGAGGGAGGAGGAGGAGGAGGAGGACGAGGAGGAGGAGGAGGACGAGGACGAGGAGGACGAGGAGGACGAGCGUCGGCUAGGGCAACAGGGGGGAGGACAAGGACGACAACAACAAUGAGGGAGGACAACAACAACAGUGAGGAAGAGGCAGAAGAGGUGCAGUCAGAGGAGGAGGAGGUUGGCGAUGACGAUGACAGCAACAGGGGAGAGGACAAGGACAAUGAUGACAAUGCGGUGGAGAAGGACAAUGACAACGGCGAUGACAACAGGGGCGAGAACAAUAUUGACAAUGAGGAGGAGGAGGAGGAGGAGGAAGGAUAAAUCCUACAGGAGGAGGAAAUGUAACAGGGUGGGUUUCCAGUGCAACUGUGGUGAUGGUACCGAACGCAGACUGGAGUUGUAUUCAUAAGGGUAUGCAUGAAAAAACAAAAAAAAGAAGAAGGGAGACAAGCAAAAAGUUCAGCAGGAGUAGGGUCGCGGAAGGGCCUACGGGCGUUGUGUUCCAAGUGUGUUCCAGUAUGCCCAAGGCCUGUUCAAAGCAUGUUCCAACUGUGUUCCAACUGUGUCCGAAGCAUGUUCCCAUGUG